AUGGCAGUAGCUUCUUCCUCUUCCAGUGCUCACCUACAGUUAGUAGCAGCUGCAUUAACCAGUCUAAUACCAGGAAGUAAAGUCAUUACUAAAGAUGAUCCACUGUACAAGACACUCAAGGAUCCAAAACCACUAACAUAUGAGGUGAUGAGUAAGAAUGUCAUCGUUGAGAGCAGACCAGAGCCAGAUUCAACAAUAGUGGUACCACUAGAAAAGACAAUGAACAUUGAACUACAACCACUGGCAGCUAACAAAACAAGCGAUGAGGAAACCUUCAGUGAGCAAACCAGUUCAAAUAUCAUUAUCACAGUUAAAUUUCUCAAUGGUCAAGCCUACAGGUUUUCAGUGGAUCCAAGAGCUACAGUCUAUGCACUGAAGUGGGCCAUUUUUAAGAGUAAAGGAUUUGAUGAGUACACACAGUAUGACGUUAAUAACAUUGUACUGACCUUUGAGGGGACUGAGCUCAAUGACGAUGAUCGCCUUUUGAAAGAUUACAGAAUUAGAAACGGUUCCAUUGUACAAUUUGCAGUAAAACUAAAAGGGGCAGCCAAACCAAUAGUCCUAGUAUUAGACGAGGAGUUACUGGACCCUAACUACGAUUAUGACUUUACUAACGAAUGUGACACAGGCAGGGUGUAUCAACGAGGUCAAAGUCAAGGGUUCUUGGGUUUUCUAAAACAUGAUUAUCACUACAAACGUCCUUAUGGUUGGAAAAGAAUAGCUCUCAAAGUCAAGGGCAAGUAUCCUCCAGAUGAUACCUGGCUGGGUAUACCAGUAGCUGGUUCUGUGCGAACUAAAAGUUCAAAGGGAGAAUGGCCUGUCUCUUAUCAUGGAACAGACAAAGAAGGUGCAGAAGGUAUUGCAGCUAAAGGAUAUGAUGAGGAAAGAAUAAUAAGAGACAAAUUUGGAAGGGGUCUUUACUCAACACCUGAUGUUGACGUAGCUGCUGAUUUCGCCCCAAGAUUUACUCAUGAAGGAAAGAAAUAUGAAGCUGUGAUACAAAACAGAGUUAAUCUCAGACCUGGACACACUAAAAUAAUACCAAAAGAAAAGACACGACAUGGAGCAGAGUAUUACCUGACAUAUUCUUCGUAUGACCUCAGACCAUAUGGGAUAUGUAUAAGAGAAAUUCAAUCUAGUAAUGCCUAA